AUGGAAACCGAUUCUAAUGAAAGCGAGCGCGGCAGCGCGCCACAAGACCUCAAUAUUCAAGUCAUGACCUCAGCCGACUUCCAGGGCGAAAAGAAGUCAACCCGCCAGCCCCCAGCGGAAUUAAGCUUGGCAAUGCGCCUGCAAGGCAUUGAGGACUGGAGCUCGGAACUCAAAACCGCGACCCUAACCUCCAUCGCCGAUGAUGUAGCCAUGGCGUUAAUGCUUAUAGGCAAGCACUCAGAGACCGGCAUUCUGAACCAUACACACACACAGCGAAUCAGUGAUGUUAUUGAUAUCGUUCUCAACACGGAUGAGCGGCUCGCGAGGCGCAAAAUACGGCGGCUCCGUAAACGAAAUCGGGAACAGAAACGGGCAUACCGACUUUUAGCCAGCGCGACAAAGGAAGCGCUAGAAAAGUACGAGGCGAAAGUGCACAUGUUGAAAGCACGGGUCCUGAGUUUGCGGGGGGAGGUGCGUGAUUUGAAGGAAGAGCGGGAGCUGCAUCUUGAGCAGAUCGACUAUCUGGAAGCAGGUGAUUUUGGGGAUGAUGAAGAAUGUGAUCUUAUUGCGGAUGAAAAGAAGCUGGAGAGUCCACAGGAUCAUGAUAUGGCUGGCUUAACGGAUGAAGAUGGGGAGUGGGAAGAGGAUCCCGAGACCGAGCUUUGA